GACAAAGAGGUUUUUCAGCUGCUCAGUUAAACAUGAUGGCCCUGUACUUUUUAAAUGCAGAUUGGAUAAAAACACAGUGAUCACAGUUCACACCUGCAGUGAAGCCCCUCCCACAACAAUUCACCAAUAAAUACUGGGAAUAUUCCCAUCAUCCUACAAGAGAAGGACAAACUCCAGGAGUAGCAGCUGAAAUCUGUGUGACUGUUAAAGAUGGAGUUUAUUAAAGAGGAGAUUGAAGACAUGAGUGAUCCAGAACCAUCCAGAAUAAAACAUGAAGAUACUGAGGAACAAACAGACCAGGUGAGAGUGAAAGAGCAAAGACAAGAACUGAAUGAAGUGGAGGAGGAACAUCGUAACUUUACAAUUCAAAGAACAAAAGCCAAAAAGACGCACACCUGCACUCAGUGUGGAAAGACUUUCUCACAGAAAGGAAACCUUAACAGACACAUGAGAAUUCACACUGGAGAGAAACCGUAUACAUGCACUCAGUGUGAGAAGAGUUUUUCAUGGCUGAACAGUUUUAAACUGCACCAGAAAACACAUGAUGGAGUGAGAGAUCAUGUGUGUUGUGACUGUGGGAAGAGAUUUACUACAUCUGGUGAUCUGAAACUGCACCAAAGAAUUCAUACUGGAGAAAAACCUUACAAGUGCUCAUAUUGUGACAAGAGUUUCACUCAUUCUGGAAACCAGAAAUCACACGAGCGAGUUCAUACUGGAGAGAAGCCGUACGACUGUACUCAGUGUGAGAAGAGUUUUAGAAAUUCAAGUAGUCUAGUGACUCAUAUUAGAAAGCAUUGUUCUGUGUCACAGUGA